CGAGUCCUCGGUAACUCGCCACAAUCAAUUUUUUCACUUUUCAUAAAUCGUACAUUUAAUUACGAAAUUUCACGAAAUUCUUAAGUCACACUGACGUCACGUAGCCAAGAAAGAUGGCGUCGCGAAUCGCAGCGGCUGCCACUGUACGGGCCGUCAAGAACCGUAGAAUUAUUCCCACUCGAGCUGCAUUGGUUUUAUCUCCGAAUGCUGUGAACAAAAUCAAGGAGAUUUUAAAGGAUAAGAACGAAUAUAUUGGUCUUAAAGUGGGAGUACGGCAACGGGGUUGCAACGGACUCAGCUAUACUCUUGAUUAUGCAACACAUAAGGAUAAACUAGACGAGGAAGUUGUGCAGGAUGGAGUUCGUGUUAUAAUAGACAGGAAGGCACAAUUGUCCUUGCUGGGCACAGAAAUGGAUUAUGUGGAAAACAAGCUGAGCUCAGAAUUCGUGUUUAACAACCCAAAUAUCAAAGGGACGUGUGGAUGUGGCGAAAGCUUUUCUGUGUAGCUUUAAAUUAGUACAAAACUAUUAAUGCAUGUCUGCGAUGGUCACUAUAGAGUUAUUCGGUUUAUAUUUGUUGCUUUGAAAAAGAAGUACAGAAAUUUCACAAAUAAAAAAUGAGUCACUCUUGAUUCAGAGAUAGCUUAAAACAAUUUUUAGCCAAUGAAGAAUAUGGAGACUGUACUCCACAAGAAAAAGGAUCGAGACUUAAACAGACAUACGAUAAUUAGUCAAAAUUAUAAUUCUUUGUACAUAAUAUUCAAUCUAGAAGUAUUCUCAUUUAUUUUAGGCAAGUUGUUUGGUUAGGAUAUGAUAUAUCGCGAUAUUUUAUUGUGUUGUAGAAACUUAUUUUUGGUAAUAUGAUACGGAGAUCUCAAUAAACGCCACAGAUCUAAAUUAUGUAUCUGUUGCAUAAUAAAUUUUGAACUAUUUAUUGUUAAA